AAUUAUGUGGUGUCCUCAUCAGUAGUUCAUAAUUUGGUAGUCUGCGGUAUACGAUAAUUUCUGUGUUCCGUUGUGGUUUUGCGUAUUGCUGUUGAAAAUUAUUGUUGACGAUCGUUUUUCCGACCAAGAAGUAUAAUAAUAGGUAUGACAAAAAGCGGCAUUUCAUAAAAAAAUCCACGCUCAAAAUAUAAAAAAAACAUGUUAACCGAUAUUCCAAAGGAAUUUCGUAAAUAUGCAAGAAACUGCCAGAGCUUAAGGAGGAUAUUAAAGGAAACUCGAAAUGCCUUGGAAGAUAUCGGCAAUAAUAUACAAUUAGGAAAUGAACUCAAAAAUGAUCCAUCAAACCUGGAAAUUCUGGCCAAAAUUGAAAGAAAACUUGAAAGGAAACCAUCUUUAUUGGUUUUCGGUCAAAACUGUACAGCAAAAGCAAUAUUCGUAAAUAGCAUUUUUGAACAACCCAUAUUACCAUUAUAUGGUAAAAGGUGGAGAUAUGUUUCCUUCAUUUAUGGUUCAAAGAAAAAUGUCAGAUUAACACUAGGCAAUGAAUAUGAAAUUUUGGAAAAGUUGAAAGCUCAUGAUCAUCAGUGGGUGACUAUUCCUGAGGAAGAUAUUCAGUUAGGCGAACAAGAAUGUCCAACUCAACAUUGUCCCUCAUUAGAAGUGGAAUUAAAUAAUCCCUUAUUAAAAGAAAAUGUAGUAAUUAUGGUGCCCCCCGAUUGUCAACCGGAAGAGUAUCCCGAUAUCUUGUUUCGACAUACAAAGAACAUACUGCCUGUGAUAAUUUAUGCUGUCUCCGAAGAUGUGCUUAGUGAUUAUGAUAUUCAAGAAAUCAGGAAACUGAAAGAUAUAUUUAAGCUUCCAUUUUUAUUUGUGAGUGUAUCGAAUAUUGAAAGAAAUAGUGUAAUAAGUACAGAAUCUCUAACUGAAUCCGAACAACAUCGCUUUGAAAUAGGUAACAUUGCAUUCGCAAAGCUACAGAAUUUACGUGAUCAACUACUGAGAUUAGGAUACUUGAAUGAUUCUGAAAAGAUAAAGACUGAUGAAGUAAUGAAUAAACCAUCAUUUUGUUUGGAAUGUUCUCUAGAUAAUACUCUUACUUGUAAUUCAAAAAUCAAUGAGGAUUUCAUAAUAUUCAUUAGAGAAGUUUUCAAAUCCAGCUUGCAAAAAAUGGCUGCAUUACUCAGCGAGGUACACAAUAAAUAUUUAAGAAAAUUCAUCCUUUGUGCUUUCGAUAUGGCUCGUGAAAUUCAAAUUACCCCAAAACGUAUAUUAUACUCUCAAGAGAUUGAACUUAAGCUUUAUCAAGCUUUAAUGAAAAUUGCCUGUGAUCAACAAGAAGAAAUAACAAAAAUAAUACAAAAAACACUUCAAGAUAUGAAAGCAAAUGUAGCCGAAGUUCUGGAAGGAAGUACAGUCAUAGGUGAAACUCGAACCAAUCAAACUCCCAAAAUUGCCACCAUGGAAAUACAACAAUUAGUCCUAAGGAGACUAAGCAAUUCCGUAGCAAAUGAAAUAGUUCAAUCGGUUGGAUGCCUACAAGAAAGUUUCACUGGAACUCUCCAAAGAUGUUUGGAGAGUCUCGAAAAACAUUGCCAUGAAUUCGAAGGCAGUCUGUCGGCUUCAGAUGCGGUGAAGCAAAUAAUAACUGCUGCUUACAACAUUGACCUACAAUCAUCCACAUCCUCUUCGGUCAUUCAGACUUUCAUUGAUCGUCUAAGAAUGACACUCUCAACCUUUGUACCUUGGCAUAACACUUGGCUAUCCUCUGGUCAAGAUCAAUGUAAUCUACAAUGGCAGUUGCAGGUUGUGACCAACAUGAUCGACUCACUUAGUGCUUCGAAGUUAGCUAAAACCAUAUCACUUCAGUUUCAAGAAUCCGUUAAAUCAUCCCAUGAAGCUUUUCAAUCAGCAAUUAGGUCUUUGGAAAACCAACUUUCGGGUCAGCUGGAACAAACUGAAGAGCAACGAAUAACUAUUCGGAAAAAACAUGCUCCAAAAUUCGCAAGAUUGGCCUUGGAAAGCACUUCAUUAUGUGAUCUCCUUAGGUGGGGGAUGCCCAAACAGAUAAAGGAAAUAGGUAGAGGUCAGUAUGGAGUAGUGUCAUCAUGUGAACCCUGGGGAGGGGUAGAACCAUGUGCAUUUAAAUCGGUAGUUCCUCCAGAUGACAGACAUUGGAAUGAUUUAGCUAUGGAGUUUUACUACACUAGGAGUCUUCCUGAGCACCCAAGGAUAGUGAAGCUUAGAGGAUCAGUAAUAGAUUACACAUAUGGAGGAGGUAGUUCUCCGGCAGUUCUCUUGAUGAUGGAAAGACUGACUAGAGAUUUGUACUGCGGGCUUAAUCAGGGAUUGUCAUGGCCAGUUAGGUUGAGGGUUGCUAUAGAUGUUGUCAAAGGUGUAAGAUAUUUGCAUUCGCAAGGACUUGUUCACAGAGAUAUUAAACUCAAGAAUGUUCUGUUGGACAACGCCGAUAGAGCCAAGCUCACAGAUUUUGGUUUCUGCAUCCCCGAAGCAAUGAUGUCUGGAAGUGUGGUAGGAACACCUGUUCAUAUGGCCCCGGAGUUACUGUCUGGCCGUUAUGACUCUAGCGUGGACGUUUAUGCAUUUGGCAUUUUAUUCUGGUAUAUUUGUGCUGGACAAGUGACUCUCCCUCACCAAUUCAAUCAGUUCCAUAAUAAAGAGCAAUUAUGGAACAAUGUUAGAAAAGGUAUAAGACCAGAGUGCUUGAAAAAUUUCGAUCAGAGAUGUUGGAAUCUAAUGGAGCAGUGCUGGGCAGCAGAACCCUCCGAAAGGCCACUUUUAGGUUAUGUUCAACCACAACUCGAAGGGAUUUACAGAGAUGCUUUAGCCGGUGGAAUUGAUGAUCUAUCAUUAACUGAAAAUUCUAAUGAAGACUUUGCUCAUUUUCAAAAUAUCGACUCGUUCAAUUCAAUGCGAAUUGAAUGAGAUAAUAAUUUUCAUUUUGAAUGCAUUUUUGUUCUUUCACUGCUUGUGUAACGCCUUCUUCAAGUAUUUACAGUAUUCGUCAAUAUUAAAUCGAGGGUAUUCACGUGGUAAUGAAUCGAGAGUCUGAAGCCCUACUACCUGUUUUAUUAUUAUUGUCCAAACCUUCGAUUAUAUGUUGAAUAUUUCAAUUUUGGAUCCACCGAUUUUAUGUAUUGUGUAUAUUUUUUAUUCCAAUUAUAACAAAAUUGUUUUCAACGCUCAUUAACUAUAUUGAAAUUUGAUGAAAUUGUUAUGUUUGCACAUUUGGAAUUUUUUAUAUAAAAUUGUUGAAUUUUAGAAAACCUUUUCCAUGUCUCUCAAUAUUAUUUAUUAUUUUUUAAAGCGCUAAUAAACUAUUUUUAUUAAUGA